GUCCAACUGACAUGAUGUCCUGGUGGUGGUGGCCGAGUACUCUAUAUAGGGGAGAGAGAUGCUCUAAUGCUCCUCGGUUUGACUUUGUUCAAUACAAAUUAGCUGCCCCGCUUCCUUCUUCUCGUUAGUUUCCAGAUCGCCUCAGCGGCACCCACCAGCAGUAGCUAGCGAUGAAGCCCUCCUCGUGGAGCACGGAGAGAUGCGCCCGGACAUUCUACGUCGCGGUGCUCCUCUCCGUCGCCCUUUGGGCCCUCAUAUUCUACUCCACCAGCUUGCAAUCCCAAUCCGGCGAUGCUCUCAGCAAGCCGCCGGCCUUCCUCUCGCCCCGCUCUGCCCGUCCGGGCCCGUCGUGCGCCGGCCGGUACGUGUACAUGUACGACCUGCCGCCCCGGUUCAACGCCGACCUCGCCCGCGACUGCCGCAUGCUCUCGGCGUCCACCGACAUGUGCAGGCACGUGGUCAACGACGGGUUCGGCCCGCCGAUCACCGACGGCGGCGCGCUCCCCGAGAGCGGAGCCUACGCCACCGACCAAUACAUGCUGGAGCUGAUCUUCCACGCCCGGAUGAGGCAGUACGAGUGCCUCACGCCCGACCCCGCCGCCGCCGCCGCGGUCUACGUCCCGUUCUACGCCGAGUUCGACCUGGCGAUGCGCAUCGACAACAGCGACAUGUCGGCGCGGAACGCGCUGCCGCGGGACGUUGCGGACUGGCUGGUGCGGCGGCCCGAGUGGCGCGCCAUGGGGGGCCGCGACCACUUCAUGCUAGCCAGCCGGCCCACAUGGGACCUGCUCUGCGACCCCAACCAUGGCGGAUAUGGCAACUCCCUCAUGACCUACCCGGCCAUCCGCAACAUGACGGUGCUCGCCUUCGAGGCCAGCCCGUGGCAGGGCAACGACUUCGCCGUGCCGUACCCGUCGCACUUCCACCCUUCCUCCGACGCCCAGGUCGCCGCCUGGCAGAGCCGCAUGCGCGGGCUGGAGCGCCGGCGGCUAUGGUGCUUCGCCGGCGGGUCCCGCCACGAGAGCAGGAAGACCGGGCGCAACCAGAUCAUCGAGCAGUGCCGCAGGUCGAGCCGCUGCGCCUUGCUCGGCAAAGCAGCGGUGACCAAGAGCCCGGGGGAGUACACCCAGGGGGAGUACUCGCCGAGCCAUGCCAUGCGGCUGCUGGAGAGCGCCGAGUUCUGCGUACAGCCGCGGGGGGACUCGUACACGCGCAAGUCCAUCUUCGACACCAUCCUCGCCGGCUGCAUCCCGGUCUUUCUCCACCCGAUCUCGGCGUACGUCCAGUACACGUGGUACCUGCCCAGGGACUACAGGGCCUACUCGGUGUUCAUCCCCCAGCGCGACGUGAUCGGCCGGAACGCGAGCAUCGAGGAGGUGCUGAGGAAGAUACCGCCGGCGAAGGUGGCGCGGAUGCGGGAGGAGGUCGUCCGGCUCAUACCGUCCGUGAUGUACAGGGAGCCGGCGGCAAAGGGGGUGGAGUUCAAGGACGCGUUCGACGUCGCGGUGGAACGGGUCAUCGACCGGGUGGCGAAGCGCCGCCGCGCCGCGGCCGAGGGCCGGGAGUGCCGGGACAGCGUCGACGGGUACGAUAGCUGGAAGUACGACUUGCUUGAGGAUGGCCAGACAGAAAUAGGUCCGCACGAGUUUGAUCCAUUUAUGUCCAUGUAAACACCUGGAGAUUACUUGUCCGCACGGGUUUGAUCCAUCUGUCUUGAAAAUACCCGAAAGUUGAGCUAGAAAGCUACGGAGUAUUCCUAUAUUUUUUCCAGCUAACUCCCAGAUCUUUCACUGUUGGGUUGGUGCGUGUACUGUAUGUAUAUGACCUAAGACCUUUCAGCAUCGAUCAGCUCUCCA